AUGGCGUCUAUUGCCGACGAAAACUGUCAUGAUGAUCCAAACUUCGCUGUGAUCUGCUCCUUCGUUUUGAAUUUUGGUGAAUUAUGCGGCGUAAACGUCACAAUAUCGGAGCUGCAGUCCAUGCUGGAGGACACAAAAAACGUAAGCGACGCUCUCAUCGAACUUCACGUUGUGCUGUUGCGUAAAGCAAACAAGCGUGUCACCCGUGACCGUUGGGAGAAGUGUCUCAUCAAGUUUUGUCAUGAAGGCAGUAACGUGGAAGGCUGGGAGUUGGAACGCUUUGGCUAUCGCAAGGCCAAGCUGGCCACCAAGCUAUCACUUCUCAAGCGACUGCUGGAGGCCCAGUUUGAUGGCAACGCCCGUUUGAAAGGAAACGUAAACGGGCGCGAGGCCAGCGCCCUGCGUUUGGGGCCCCUCGGGAAGGACAUUCGUGGGAACAAUUACUGGCUGCAGAGGGACCAGCAGCUGAACCUCCGCCUCUACAGAGAACAUCCGGACGACGAACGCUCCUGGCAGCUGAUUUCGCGAACAAGAGAUGAGCUGGCCAGCCUAUUGUCAGACUUGGAGGCUACAGACGGGAUUGUCAAGAAGGAAGAGAGCACCUCAUUGGACAGCGAAACUGGAGAGAGUAACCUAACAGAAGCAGAGAAGCCCGACAGGAAGGACCUGAAGCCUCCAUUGACGGACACCGGCCAGCAUCCUCCGCUCGAAGAGACGCUGGAUGCCCGUUUUCCCACCCCUGGAAUCAAGCGGGAGGCCCUAGAGCAAGAUGCAAUCAAGAAGGAACCUACAGACGAACUUCCCUUGUCUUUGAAGAAGGAACAACACUCGCCACUGCAGCCACUGCAUGACUGUGCAAAGGCAGAAGAGUUAGAAAAGCAGGGAAAGCAAAAUGGAGAAACCACAACGAGCGGCAUCAAAAGCGUUGAGGAAGAAACGACAGAGAAGGAAAGCGGUGCUUCCGCGAAAACUGAUAUUCCUGCUCCAUCUUGCAGGCGAUCGUUGUUCCAAGAAGAGCAGUCUUCGGCACUAGACUUGACCUCAUCUAAAGGGACCAAGAGGGACCUGGAAGAACAUGUUGUUGAAGGCAGAGCAAAGAAACUCGAAGUGGAGAGCCCCGCGAAGUACGCCGUUGCGGAGGCCGCAGAAGCCAACAAAAAGGUCGCGGACGUGUCAAGACUCGGUGGCGAUGUACGCGCAAACGGGCUCGACGUUGAAGUCGAACGCUCUCCGAAGGACAAGGUGCAAGGACGGGAAAAGCGCGGAAGUGUGGACGACGGUUGUCACGGAAGUAACGGCAUGGACGGUGAAGCUGGACAAUCAUCAUCGUCAAAAGUACGAGGCGUUGAUGAGGGAACAGACAGCAACGCCCCGUCCGUCUCUGUACAAAAUAAUGUAGAAACUGGCGCUGUGUCUAUUGCAAGGAAAGAGAAAGACGAAGGCGCGGAGGAUGCCAAAACUAAAACAUCUGAAACUUCUGAAAAGGAGGGCAGCACGGUUAAUGUAGAAACCGAGGUUCCAGUAGCGGUGGAGGGUGAUAGCGUAACUGUGAAAUCAAAGGAGCUGAAUCGGGACUCGAGUGUGCUAAGUGAGAAAAGCAAUAGGAAGCAAGAUUCAAAUUGUGAUAAUUUAACCGUCGAGAGCAAGUCAGCAGAGCAGUGUAAACGGGGUAGCGAGGACGUUGAAAGAAUAGAAGGGGAUGACUCGGAAGCAAAAAAGGACGACAGCGCGGAGGAGCCUGUGCAGGAAGGGAAAGACAGGAGGGGCAACGCCACGUUGGAGAAAGCAGGCGCUGAGAAGCGUGUGACAGAAAAAUCUGAAAGAAAAGCAAUAAAAGAAUGCCCAGUCGCGGAGGGGGCGCAAGCAAAAGUGGAUGAGGUGGAAGCUACGGAAAUUGCCGAGCCGGAGGCGGAAUCAAAGUCGUCGAAAAGUACUCAGCGGAGUAGCAAGAGUGGUGCGAAACGUGUCGAGGGCGAGAAGCUUUCUCAAGAUGUCCGUGAGGAAAGUAGGAGCAUAGAAAAGAAUGCCGAUAAGGAGGACAAAAUUGCUGCAAAGCAGCAAGCUGCGAAAUGUGCCGCGGAAGAACAAAAUUCAGUUACGGUUGAAGCUUCAAGGAGCACAGAAGGUGCUGGUGUAUUGGCAGACGACAAAGGACAGAAGGAUUCAAGUCAAACGUUAGUAGACUCUGAAAAGGGUGCGGGUUUAGACAUAGCAAAGAAAUUGACAGAAAGUGACGAAGUGAAAAAGGGGAAAGGCGUGAAAAGCCCAAGAAGCCAAAAGGAAAGAAUGAGGAAAGGCACAGCGGAGACGGAAAGAUCCCCAACUGAGAGACCUAGGAGAAGUAGUCGGGAGGUGGACAGGGACCAAGAGGAGAAGCGCACCAAAGAAAACGAAGAAAAACUCAAGCGAGAGAGAGCUCCCAAAACCGUAGAAAAAACCGACAAAAUACAACACGACAAAGACGACUCAUCAACUAGCGAGAAGGAAGAAUCCGCAGACGCGGAGGGAAAAAAAGGCGGUUCGGAAAGACUCGGUCGAGAAGCGGACGUCGAAAUGGAGCCUGGAACGGUGGAGGCCGAGAGGGAGACACCCAUGACAAGAGGCCGUGGCUCGUGGCGGAGGGGACGAAGAGGAGGUGCCGCACGCGGAAGAGGGCGCGGACGUGGAAGGGGUCGACCGCGGAAGGACACGACUCCUGAGGUAGAAGCACCUUCCACACCUCCAGAGGACUGUAUUGGGAGAAGACGGAGCUGCCGAAUUCAGAGCGAGCAGCAGAAGAAGAUGGCAGAGAUAGCGCAACGUAUGGCAAUAGAAGAAGCACUCCUGCCCGAAGAGAAGCCCACAAGGGGGAGCAGAGGUGGCAGAGGAAACAGGAGGGGAACUAGGCCAACCAAUACGAACAAGAAACGUGGUGGGAGGCAAGCAGACAGAGACUAUGUCCCAACAGUGAAACCAAAAACCAAGACCCACUCUCACAAAGGGAGCGCCACCAUAGCUGCCGAGAAACGGCGUAAGGAAGAGGAGCUGCUGAGACAGCAGCAGAAGAAGAGCAAGAAAAAGCGCCGAAGGGGGGCAGGGGGAGGUUCCAAUGGAACCCCCCGGCGGAGGCCCUGGGAGGCUGAAUCAUCAGAGUCAACAGAGGAGGAGGAGGAACUUGAGGAUGAAGAAGAGGAGGAUCCAGAUGAAGCUGGCCACCUACUUGUUCUCCCCGAGGCAAACCCCGAAGACGAAUUCGCUUGCGAGGAAGAAGACCCCAACGCCGAGGUCAUUGUGAUACGACGAGCGCGGACAGUUCGAAGAGUUAAAACGGAAGUAUCGAAAGAAGACGGAAACAGUGGAUCAGACAGUGAAACUACCCACGACGAGAAACCAUGCAGCAAGUGUGGCAAGGGUGACCAUCCUGAAUGGAUCUUGUUGUGCGACUCUUGUGAUGCUGGAUAUCACACGUCAUGCCUCAAACCUGCCCUCAUGAUCAUUCCCGAUGGAGACUGGUACUGCCCACCUUGUGAACAUAGGAUGCUUUGCGAAAAAUUGCUCGAAGAGAUCAAACUUUACGACCAGCUUUCAAAGAAGAAAGAGAGGGAAGAAUUGAGGAAGCAGAGGUUGGCGUACGUUGGAAUCAGUCUCGAUAAUGUUCUGAAGCCGGAGAAAAAAGAAGAAUCUGAAGAAGGUGAGGAAGAGGACGAGGAAGAGGAUGGAGAAGAGGACGAGGAAGAAGAGGAGAAGGAGAAGAAGGCGUUUGCAAAACGCUCUGCGCGGAAGCGUAAAGUGAUCAACUAUCGCUUCCAAGAGUAUGAUGAAAUGAUCUUCCAGGCUGUGGAGCCAGAGAUCAGGGCCGCACAGUCUGCCAAAGUGGUAAGCAUAGGCGGGAAAGACUUGUCUGGCCUGAGCCAUGGAGUAGAAGAAGAUGAGGAAAAGCCUGCCGCUGAAGAUAAAGAAGCAGAGGAGGAGUCGGAGGAUGAAGAGGAAAAGGCUAGGAUGCAGCGGUUACAGCCCAAACGGAAAAAGCGGCCGCGGAAACUUACGAGCCUCGACUUCUCCUCAGAAGACGACGCUGAUGACACGGACGAGUACCAGGGCUCCAGUGCCGCGAGUGGGUCGGAACCGUGCAGUGAAGGAGCACCCACGUCCGGUUCGGAGUGGGGUGGAAGCAGGAGGAGGAGACGACGGGACCUGGAUGAUUUCGUUGUAGACAACAGUGAUGAGGACGAUGAAUCUGCGUACACAACAAGGCGUGCUGCGGCCAAGAAGAAGGUCAAUUACAGAGAAGUAUCUUCAGAUGAGGGACCGAGAAAAAGAAAAUCAAACAUACGAAGACGAAGACCAAAAUCUGAAGAUUCAGAUGAAAGUGACACAGACUGGAGAGGGAAGAAGAAGAAAACAAAAAAGCGACGAAGCUGGAGAAAGAGCUCAAGUUCCGAGGAAGAAGCCGAAUUCACCGCAGAGAGCUCGGAUGAAAGUAGGCGAGGUGGGCGAAAAAACAAGAAACGUGUCCCUUCUAGUUCGGAAGAAGAAGAAGAAGAAGAAGAGGAGGAGGAUGAGAAGCCAAAGAAGGCACCAGCCCGGACCUCAGCAGCGACGGCCAAAAAGCCUGUCAAAAAAGACUCUGAAGAAGAGAGUGAAGAGGAAGAGUCUGAUGAUGAUGAUGAAGAAGAAGAAGGGAGCAGUGAAGAAUCAUCCAGUAGUGCACAAAGUAUAAAAUUUGGGAAGAACAGACAGGUGAUUCGUUCUGAUGAAGAGGAGGAGCACGAGAAGCCUGAAAAGAAAGAACCAACCAAAGUUGAAACGGCUCCGCCUCAGCAAUCUCUUCCACCAAGCGAACCAGCACCCCAAGCCACGUCUGAGCCCCCAGCUCCGAGCGCGACCGCGCAGGUAGCUUCAGUCCCAUCGUCAGUAAUAGCCGCGGCCCCAGCUGUACCCCCAUCCGCAGUUGAGGAGAAGCGGCCUGAGCCAGUAAAGCGGUACGUUCCGCCACAGCCGCCUAAACAGAAGAGGUUACCCCCUCCAGAACCACCCUCGGACGAGGACGUCCCCAUGGACGACGAGCCUCCGCUCGAGGAAGAAUCCCUUCCUGAACCGUCUCCCCCGUCUGAGCCCCCUCGCAACCUACCAGAAAAUAAAAGCUUCACUGACCGCGGCUUUCCCGACGACGAUGUGCCUGACAAGGGAUUCCCCGAUGAUGGCCCGAGCGAGCGCGGCUUUGCUCCAGACCCUUACAGCGACUGCGCUCCCCUCGAAGGCACCUGGAGUCAACCCCUUGCACCAGCACCCGUCGAACCUGUCAUGACUUCCUCAGCACCGAGUCCCCCUCCUCAGCUGACGAGCCUAGAUGCCACACCUCGCAUGCCCCAUCAUCCCCCUCCCCACUGGGGCCCACCGCGAGGGUUUGCCUGCCCCCCACAUCCCAGGCCACCUCCAGGGAUGAUGCCGCCUUCAAGGUACAUGCCGUACCCUCCGGGUGGGGGCUGGUACGGUGGGCCCCCUCAUCCUCAGCAGGGUCCUCCUCCGCCGCAUCACGAAGGCCAAUAUGGGCACUACGGUCCCCCGCCGCCGCAUUGGAGCGGUCCACCUCCUGCCGACGGCGGAUUCAGUAUCAGCAACCUAUUGCGACCGCGGGCGCAUCCGGCAGAGGGCGGGGAGGAAGAUGAACUCAAGAGUGUGACAGAUAUUUUUUCCUACAUUUCGCAGGAAUGAAGGUGUGCAUGGGAAAGAAAGUGCAUCAGUGGAGACUCGGGAUAGGGAUAUUAGGGAAGGAAAGGUUUUAUUAUGAAAAGAAACUGUCGGGGACGGGGGUCAUGGAAUGGCAGGCUUCAGGGGCUUGCCAAGAAGGGCAUGUCUUGUAGAAGAUUAUGUGGCCGGGAGCAUGUUCCAGGGAAGAAUCGGGGACAUGCCGGGAAGCAACAGAUUGACUGGGUGGUGGGGGCUUUGGACACAGACCAGAAGGGGUCAGGCUACAUUUUUCUUAUUGGCAGCUAUUGAUCGUCAGAAAGAGAAACGAGCCUGUUGCCAAGAGCCGAGUUGCAUUUUAUUUUGUACGAAUUUUAGUGUAAUUUUAUUUGUACAGAAAGCAUGUGAAUUCCUGCAUGCUGCAGCACAAAGCUGAUUACUCCAGUGUGCUAGCACAUUCAGGGAAUCUAUUGAGCAUUGCAUCAUCCUCAUAGGUACCUACUUUUGUAUUCUCAUCAACAUUCUGAAGUGUUACCCUUUUCCUUGAUUAGUGGGUUGCAAGGUAGAACUGUACUUUUGUCGCUCUACUAUCUGUUAUAUCAGUAAUUCAGCUGUCUGUUGUAUGCUGAGUGUUAAAAUUUUAUUCGAGGUCGGACAGCAAUAACAGAAAAAUGUUGAUUUGCAUGUUACUUUUGCUUUUUAUGUAUGUCAUGUUCGAUGGAUGGUCUCCCAUGAUUGUGACCACGUGGCGAAAAUAUUGAUUUGGUUUUUCCUAAUUGAUGUCCUAUCACAGUUGGGUAUUCAGUUACCAGGGUCACAGCAUCUUAGUGCAAGUACCUCGAAACCCACGCGAGUGUUACGAUCGAACUUAACAUCAGAACUUAUCGUUUAAACCACAACAUAUGUAUUUAUGAAGCAUUCGUACUCUACUCCACACAGGGUCUUGUGUGACACAACAUUUACGUGUAUGUCUUGUGGCUUAUGUACAGCAGUUUAUGUGUUUCUUUUAACCUUGCAACUCUCUGGUGCAUUUAACUGACUUUGUACCAUUUGUAACCAUCCAAAAUGCAUACAGAGGUCCUGCAUGUCCUGGGGCAGGUUCAGUAUCGUCGGGGAGCUUACCCCCACUCCCACCCCCCCUCCUGUACAAAGGGGCACCUUCCAAAGCGUUGGUCCUGAAUCUGCCUCCGAUGGGCAACGUCUCACAUAACUUCCAGUCAUGUCUUCUUUCUUUUCUUUAUUCUUUUUAAUAUAAAAGUGAAAGCGGUGACAUAAUAAUAACAUCGGGGGCUACUCACGGGUGACUGUCUGUCAUUCUCAAAAUGUAGCGCUCUUACCUGAGUCUCCCCUGGAGCACACAGUUUCGGUGAAAGAGGCAUUUCUUGUAAAUAUGGCGGGACUGGCCUGCGUGCUGUACGGUUGUAUGUGUGUGUGUAAUUGCAUCUGGUGCUUUUAUUAAAAAAAUCCAAGAACUA